AUGGAGACCAACAGGUUGAGAAAAUCGAUAAAAGUUGAACUAGAGCAUAAGUUUAUUAGACAAAAAGCAGAAUUUUUAGAAUUAGUGGAGAAGUAAUUGCAAACGAAAUAAGAAAAGUUGAAAGAACAAAUAUAAGAAGAUUAUUAAAACUUAAUUAAUGCUAAUGUUAAGAUUGCAGUAUUAGAGAAAAAAAACGAAGAAAAGGAUAAAAUAAUAGCUGAAUAAGAAAUGAUAAUUCGUGGAUAUAGUGCUACUAUAAACCAUCUUCAAAAUUAAUUUUAAUUGCAUCCAUAAAAUAAGAAAUCAGUCUUUUAAGAGAUGGAGGACCAAAAAAUGAUAGACUACCUAUAAAAUUAAGUAGAAGAUUUAAAAAUGAAGAACUUGAGAUUAUCUCUUAAAUUGACUAAGUUAUUAACAUUUUUCACAGAAUUUAAACUCUAUGAGUCAGAAUUUGCUAGAAUUGCAGUCUCAGAUGAAUGCUCAUGUGAAUAGUUAUAUAAACCGAAAUUGCCAAAUCAAUAGGAUCUUUUAAAUUAGUUGAAAUAAUAGGAGAUAUAUUUUUAAAGUCUUAUCAAAUAAUAAGUAAAUAAUAAAUAAAUAUUUGGGAAGAAUAAUAUAAAUAAUUAUCUGAGAAAAAUGAAGACCUCACUACAGAAAUUAAGGGUUUGAA